AUGCCUCGAGAUGGGAUAAGAAAUAAAAAUUCAGAAAAGUUUUCGAGCAAAAGUAGCGAACUGCCAAAGGAUGGUCAAGAUGCUGGUGUCAGGGAAGGGCCCAACCCGGUGGAUGCUGUUUGUAAGUUCAUUUUAUGGAAAUUAAAAAGAAAUAAAAAUUUUCAAAAAUCUUUUUUUUUUCCAUUUAAAGAUUUGAUCAAAAACUUUUUAACAAUAAGUUAAUUACUAUUAACAAUUCAGUUGAAGAAUACGAUGCAGAUCCCAUAAAUCAGCGUCGCAAUGACACAAUUUCCAAGCUUUUAAAGACUAAAAACCUGGACGAGCUGAUUCCGCCGCCGGAGGUGAAAUACGACGUACAGUCUACUCAAUCAUCAGGAGCUUCGGAUCAGAACUCCAGAUUCACGUACGGCUACACAGUGGAAAUUACGGAUUCCUUCUACAACACAAAACACGAAUAUGUGCUGGGGCGACGGCUGGGCAAGGGCGGGUUUUCUGAGGUAGGUUUUGGGAUUUUCUAGAGUAAGCUAGGGUAUAGGUAGAGUAAAAAAAUUGGGAUAAGUUAGAGCAUGGUAGAGUAAUUUAGGUAACAAUAGGGUUGAUUUAGGUAAUUUUUUAUUGUUAGAGCAGGGUAGCGCGAUUUAGGUGUCACAGAGCAGGGCAUGGUAAUUUAGAUAAUGGUGGGGCAGGAUAGGGUUUUUUUUGUAUAGAAGAUAUAAACUCUAUUUCUAGGUAAGAAUAGCAAAAAUGGUAGGCCGACCAGACUUCCCCAAGCUCGCCAUGAAGAUUGUGGACCUGAAGAAACCGAAAGCCAGUCGAAUCGAACGCCAACCUUACUGGGAGAUCGAGCUGCUGAGGCGAAUGGAGCAUUCUCAUCGUGUGAUACGACUUUUUGAAUCGUGUGUUAUUUCAUACUUUAUAAAAAUAGCAUUUUAUGGUAUACUUUCUUUAAUAAGAGUUAUUUUUUGAGCGGGGUAAAAAUCUUGUUAGGGGAUGGUUUUGAAGUUUUAAAAAUUUUUGUUUUUAUUUUAUAAAACGUUAUUCGAAAAAUGAAUUUAAAAAUAUUUUCCAGAAAAACCCUAGAAGACGAUGUGUUAUUUAUGGUGCUGGAGAUGGCCGGAGGGUCUUUGGAACAUUUUGCGCGGAAAAAGAUUGGGAAUCGAGUCGGCUUUGCCAAACAUUACUUUCGAUGCUGUGUCAAAUGUGUAUUGGAUAUUCAUAUGGAAGGUAUGUCACAUUCGGAUUGGUUUUAAGUUAACUUUUUUUUUGCUUUGGAAAUGUUUCAUCGUAUAAAAUGUUACUUGCAGGCUGCAGAAGAGUAGCGUGUUAUUUUUUGAUGAAGUAAAGUUGAAAAAUGACAGAAAUAGACAUGACUAUACCUUUUUUAUGUUAAUUUAUACAUUCUCGGUCAUUAUUUUAGGUAUAUUUCAUCUCUAUAUCUUCAGAUAUUCUCCAUUGUGAUAUAAAGCCAACCAACUUUAUCAAAAGUGGCAAAAUGUUGAAAGUGAUUGACUUUGGGUGUGCGACUCCGUUAGGUCCACUAAAUGAUGCCAUUAUUAGGAAGAAGGCUUUAGGCACGACAAGAUUCAUGUCUCCAGAAUACCUGAAGGAGAAGAUCGCUUCGAAGGCUUUGGAUGUAUGGUCGUUAGGAUGUAUAUUAUACUGGUUAGUCACUGGUCAGAAGAUAUUCAAAGACCCGAAAAUUUAUUUGAGAAAGGCCAUUUGUUAUAAACAAGCUGAUCUUUCAGCUGUUAAGAGUACCGAGGCUCAUGAUCUUCUUAAGGUAGGGGUUUUGGAGUUUGAUAUAUUUGCUUGCCUUAGUCCUAGCCUUGCCCUGCCUUAUCUCUGUAUUAGCUCUCACUUAGUUCCGCCCUAGCUCUAACUUAGCCGUAGCUCUGUCUUAGCUCUGAUCUGACUUUAGCCCAAACUUUGAUUUAGCCUUGGCUUGGUCUUGCCGUAGCCUUGCAUUAGCUUUACCCUAGCCCUGCUAUAGCCAUGCCCUAUUACUGCUCUAGCCCUGUUUUAGUUCUGUCUUAGUCUUGCCUUGGUCCUUCUCUAGCAAUAGUAGUCUUCCUCUAUACCUGGCUUAGCCUUGCUUUAGCUCUAUCCGUGAUAUUACAGUAAUUUUGCUUUUUAUCAGUUUUUUUCUAUAUAUUAUGUUUUUAGCAAAUCUUUGAACACGACAGGAAAAAACGACCGAAUUGCGACGCUAUUCUUAAUCAUCCAUAUCUAUCAGGUAACAUUUGAAAUCAAUUUUUAAUUUUUUUAAAGUUAGGCUUAUUCAUUGACUAACGUACUCUGCCUUUCAAAUAUAGAAAACAGUGAAGAUAUUUUUGUGGAGUUUAAUUUUAAAUUGUUUUCAAAAUUUUGAAAUGUUUGAUUUCAGCAGCAAACGAUGCUUCGUCAUCCACCGGCGGCCACAGCGAAAGCCAAGACGCAUUCAGUGUUAAAGACAAGGAAAAGAGCAAGAGAGCUCCUCCAUAG